GUCGCAUGAGCGUCCCUACUGAUCGACGGUGUGGGCGGAGAUCCUGAGUGCCUCGACUUGGCGUCAUUGAUUCUGCACCUUACUAUGUUUCUUGUCCAUUUUGUCUAUACGACCGGGAACACCGCUGAGACGUAUGCAGCGCCUGGUGGUAUCUCUUGCAAUGAAAUCUUGGAGGCUUGCGGACUGAUCAUGUCGCGGUCCCGAUGGCACGAUCAAAUCGAAACUGCGGCAAAUCCUUGUGUGAGGAAACUUUGUUCGCAAGGGAGGCAAUCUCCAACCGGAGUCGCGAGGGGGCAUAUCGUUGCAUUCAAGUACACCCGCAAUUCCAUCUCGCACAACAGCGCAAAGAACGACUUGAUGACAAACUCGAAAAAACCGAACAGAAUCGACUUAGAAUUAUGUAUGCGGGAUUGCGCUUGCAAUUAAAGCCCGAAUGCAGCCCUUAUCACUGGUGCUUGAUCCCGAUGUGGUUGACCUGCAGCGAUGUGUGCGCUUGCUUCUAUGGCGACAAGGAAGGCGCCGCAGAUCUGUACACACUCGUCGCGCAUACUGUCCAGAUGCAGAUGCUUUGUGUGUGGGGUACCAGCUGUGCCGCUUCACUGAUACUGCUCGAAAUUUGUGGGUUAUUACUCACUCGACCGCACCGAUGAAUUUCCCGGCGCUCACACCGGCCACGACGUCCAACUCCACAGCGUACCUUUUAUCUGUAUCCUUGAUGGGGAUGGACGAUUGGCUCUGCAUGGCUCCCUGCGAGAUCAAGCGAAAGUCUAAAUUCUCAAAAGGAAAACAAAUCGACGCCAGUGCCGGCUGGGACAUUCUCUACUUGCUCUCACCUGUCGGGCGACGCGGCAUGCUCUGCAAAAAGAGCGUGCGCCUGCUGCGAAUCGAGGCCCUUGGCCUCGCUCAGUCCGGGUCUGCAUACCCACCGGUGAAGCUUAGCGUGCGGGACAUCACAGAAUUUACCUAGAUUUGAAAUAUUCGCAUCGCAUGAUAGUUUGGGAGGCUCGCCUUCGCCAACACAGCAAGCCCGGUGACCAUAUCGUCUUGUAUUCGCCUAUCUGAACAAGCACAACCGUACGGUACAGCGUCACACCUUUUUCGAGGUGGUGUGCUCUCUGCAGACUUCCUUCUCGCCUGCAUAUUUUGUCGUAUCGAGCACACACUCGUCUCGAACCCUUGGCAUAAUUU